CCCCACCAGAGCGAGGGAGUGAGCGUGCUGUGGAUGACACGUACUGCAAUCGAGCGAUAAGGUUUGACAGGCGACCAGAAGGAGACGACGAGAUAGGGAGAUGGUUAAAGACCUCGCUGAGGAGAGGCCACCGGGAAUGGAUGGAAAUGCCGUUUUUCCCUUCUACACAUAUUAAACAAAAACCGUGAGUUCUGCAUCUUGAUAACACUACAGUAAUUUUUGGAGACGCCAAACACAAGACCGGGCAUUCACUGAUGGUUUCCACCAUGCUCCCUCGCAGUAUGCGCACCACUGUUAUGGACCUGCCAGGGGUGGGGCAAAAGGACGUGCCCCUGAUUGGCUAUCGGCCUUUGCAACCUGAGACUGACAACUCCAGGGGUGAAUCAGGGAAACUAGAAAACAGACAGUUGGAUGUGCAACAGGUGGAGUCUUCACCAAUGAAAACAACAUGGUACUGCCCAUUGGACACGUCGUCGGUGUCAGAAAAGGCGGAGGACGGGGUGAUCUAUACAGUUGUCGUGAAACAACAGAAUGUCUCCACCACCUGUCCAGCGCCAAAGACCAUGCGCUCUCAGUGCGUGAAAGCGGGAAAAGAAGAGAAGCUGGUCCUUCACCUCCUGCACUCCUUUUCUAUGGGGGACUCCUCCUAUGUCUCGAUAUUCCUCUCCACCUACCGUUCCUUCACCUCCACACAGAGAGUGCUGGAUAUCCUUACUGACAGACUGGAGCACCCGCCUGGGGAGAACAACCGGAGCCAGAUCAGACUGGCCUUCAACAUGGCAGUGUGUUCAGUCUUUAGUGCAUGGCUGACUGAGUAUCCAGAGGACUUCCGGUCCCUCGCAGAUCCAACCCCCAUCCUCCGUCUCGUCCCCUUCCUGCCCACAGACUCCUCUGGGUCAGAGGUCAAAGGUCGGCUACUGAAAAUCGCUGAAGAACUGAGUGAAAAGUCACUGCUGUGUCACUCUCCUACAGAUAGCAUCACCUCUGUGUUCACUCCCACUGACCCUGCCAAGUUUGAUGCCACCAACAUUCUGGGCUUCGCUGGUCAAGUGAUCGCCGAGCAGCUGACCAUGAUCGAGACGGAGCUGUUUCUUCGCCUGGUUCCCUACCACUGUCUGGGCUCUCUGUGGUCCCAGCGGGAUAAGAAGGGAAGAGAGGGGCUGUGCUGGUCGGUCCGGGCUACGGUUCGGCAGUUUAACCGGCUGGCCAAUGCCGUAACGGCUUCGUGCCUGUGGAACACGGGCCUGCGGACCCAGCAGAGGGCCCGGCUCCUGGAGAAGUGGAUCCGUGUUGCAGAGGAGUGUCGUGCCAGGAAGAACUUCUCUUCGCUAUACGCCAUUGUGUCUGCUCUGCAAAGCAACUCCCUUCACCGGCUGAGGAGGACCUGGGCAGAGACUGACAGGGAGGCAGUGAGGAGGUAUGAAGAGCUGUCAGACAUCUUUUCUGAGAAAGACAACUACUCCCAUAGCCGGGAGCUGCUCAAAGAAGAAGGCACGUCGAAAUUUGCUAACUUGGACACUAAGAUAAACCACAGAAGACACGUGGGGACUGUGGUUCAGGGUACUGUCCCCUACUUGGGCAUCUUUCUCACUGACCUCACCAUGCUGGAUGCAGCAGUCAAAGACCGACUAGAGAAUGGCUAUAUCAACUUUGACAAACGAAGACGAGAAUUUGAGGUUUUAGCUCAAAUCAAACUCCUACAGUCCUCUUGUAAAAACUGCUCUUUCAUCCGUGACGAGGCUUUUCAACGGUGGUACCACAGUGUGCCCACUUUGAGUGAAGAGGAGAGCUACAGACUAUCCAAUCAGAUUGAAGGACUGUCGGAACCAAGUCCGAGCCGUUCUUUGAAUCCUACAGUAGUAAUCACGAGCUGCCCAGACAUUCCCCCAUCGGAAACCAGCCCUGCCACUGAGAACGAAGGGAUUUUUGACCUCCCCUCUCCUGUCAAUCACUUGCUUUCUAAACUUACCAAGCACAUGAAAUCACCCUCAGUUUCCUGUCUGGAUGUUGACUCCUCCCCUUCAUCCGCUGAGCAAACCCCCGCCGCAUUGACCCCGUCCACCGAUGUCGUCAAAUCACAUCGUCGCUCAGUUUCCUGUGGCAACACUCCCGCCAAUAACAGCAAAGGGGCUGGGCCAGAUAUGCGAAUCAUCAGAAUACGAAUGGACAUUGAAGACGGAAAUUUAUAUCGCAGUAUACUGGUGACAAGCAAUGACAAAACUCCAUCCAUAAUCAGCGCUGCCUUGGUAAAGCACAAUCAGGACCCCAAAGAGGCCUCCAGAUAUGAGCUGAUCCAGCUGCUGCCUGAUGGAAAAGAGCUGACAAUACCCGCCACAGGAAAUGUAUUCUACGCUAUGAUGUCCUCCAGUGUGGACUUCGAGUUGAGAAGGCGGGGAAUGAGCACACCCCUCGGCCCUCAUUCAUUCAGUAGUGAGACCAGUGCCACCUUCCCACGGAUCAAAGCGAAGGGACGGAGACUGGUUAGGACACUCUUUUGAUCAUCUGGCUUUUCUAACACCAAGCAUCACUGCAAAUUGCACAACUUUGAAAGGAGAUUAUGACAGGACUUUGAAGCAAUGCAGUCUUCCUCCCCCAUUCAUAUCAACUGAUUUUUCCAGGGUUCUGGGAAUUCUUGGUUUUGGAAAUUUCUCUUUCAGCUCAUCACUUGAAAUUUGUGAAGGGCUGAUUAACAUGUGACACCAACAAAGGCCAUUUAAAAAUAUGAUUCCUUUUCAUAAUGGAUUGAGGUAUAGAGACCAUAUUGACCUCAGAAUGUUUACACUUCCAUCUGGUCUGUGUGUGCUGGUUUUUUGUGCUGCACUGGCCUAAAUUCAUGAAUGAACUCAAAUCUAUGACACAGGCAAAAAAAAUCACUCACCCUGUAUUGAUGCCAGAUUGUCCUGAGGAAACUCUAUACAUAUUAGCUGUGAGUCAUUUUACCCCCACAAAUUAGAUCAGUAGUAAAGUAGAGCCCAUGCCACCUGACCCAUAACCAAAGGAUUAUGGGCACAAAUCUCAGAUGAGACACUGGUAUUGUGCACUUGAGAAAGGUACUUCAGUGAUUACCUUCAUGUAAAAUUGCAAGCAUUGUAUACAGGUGUAAACACAAAUACAUAUAAAAAUGAUUUCAAUUCUGUGCAGCUUAAACCACAACCACGUCAUACCAAGUAAUCACAUUUCAGCUGACUCUUUGUCCAGCAGCACCAGUUUUUAAAUCCUUAUUUUGUGUUUGAUAAAGAGAGAUGCCACCAUCUGCUAGGUGAUAUUUUUCAUCUGUGGAUGAGUCAGUGUCUUGCGAUUAUAGGAAGGAAGUGCAGGGAAUGACACACAACUGACAAACAGCUGAGAAAGACUUGCAUUGUGAUAUUGAGUGAUUUAGGAAAUAUGUUCUGUUGGCAAAUUUGCUAAAUGUAUCCCAAGGCUUAAGACAAGCAUUUUAUUUUUUAUAUCACUGUCAUACACUAGCAUUGUUUGUUUGAUAUUUAAAUCUAUAUAUUGUAUAUACAGUAUAAAAAUAUUAUUCAAGUGUGCAGGUGACGUGCAAAAUCUGUUUACAUUUUUUAAAAGCAGUCCAUGAAGAAUGUGCAGCAAAUCAGGUGGAUGACAUUAAUAUUUCCCUGCAUAAUAAUAUUAUAAUUCUGUUAUUGUAUUUUCAAAGAUUUAUCUCUGAGCCACUGUGAUUGGUAGAUUGUGAUGCAGGCAGGUUAACAUUGUAAUGCAGUGUACUACAGUGCACAAUUCCAAGAAGACAAACUGGAUAAAUAAGAUAUAAAAGUAUGUCACAAAAUGGACAAAAUGGCCAUGUCAAAGUUGCCAUCAUCGAUAGCAUGGUUUCUAGUAUGUUAUUGAAUGGACGUGCUUUAGACACAGCCCAAAUAAGUUAAUGAAUAUAUACUUGGUCCAUACAUACCACGUAUUCAAAGAAAUACAGUACAUAUUAAUAAACCUGAAGUCAGUAAAUUUAAACAAACAAUAUAUUAUUUGAGUUUCAAAUGGUCAUAGCAUAAUAACGAUAACGAUAUAUUCAUGCUGGCAAAAUGCAUUAUAUAUUUGUAUUUAUCCAUGUACAUCUAAUAUAACACCUGGCGGAACACUACCUUGUUGUUCUUUUACAGCAAGUAUAAUUCUGUAGGCACUUAUAACAAAAUCAGCUUUAUAGAAGAACCAAUCUUAGUGGUUCUGUGAAGACACUAUUUCAUUUCUAUUGAUUUGUGGGUCAGAAGACAAUUAAUUCAGUUCUAGCUUAAAAAAAUGUAUUUAAAUGAUUUUUUUAUUAGGCAGUAUCAGCAGUAUGUACCAGAUGAGUUCUUGUGAACCUUGAUUCCUCUGACAGUUGUGCUAAUGAAGUCUCUGUAUUAUUUGAAACUGAGGCAUGAAAUUGGAAGUAUAGGUGACAGGAGUGAUCUUCUGUAAGGUAGGUAUAGCACAGGCAUAUCAACCAGCUGUUUCAAGUGCCUUGUUCUCAGGUGUGCUUACCUCAUUGUGAGUGCUUUAAAAUUUACAGAUUUCUUUAAGUUGUAUAUGUUGUAAAUUCUUACUCUGCUGUGUGUGUGUGUGUGUGUGAGAGAGAGAGAGAGAGAGAGAGAGAGUGUGUCAUGGUUUAUAAUGGCCUUUUCUGCAGUUAACGUCUUAUUCCCUUGUCAUCUAAUAAAUGUUUCUAUUUUUUA